AUGAUAAGAACUAGUGUUUACAACAUCAUAAUUCUAUUAUGUCUAUCGUUAGUGGUCUAUUAUAGUCUUAAUGUGUAUUUUAUUAACAACCUGCAAUCAACUGUGCCGCACGAUGAUAUUAACAUGGCUGGGCACGAAGCGUUAGAAAACGCAGCUGAAGCAACACAACCAAUUCUUAACAAAAUUCAAUCAACCAAAUCUCGUUCUGUGCAAAAUGCAAUAAUACGUAAAGUAAUGGGUUUGAAACCUGUGUUUCGAAACAAAAAUCCUAAAUACAUUGGAAUUAAACAGAACCUUAUAAGCUGCUUUCUUCCUAAACCAUACAACUUAACCAGUGUUUGGAAAACUGCUAACUCGUGGCCUAAAAUGAACGAGGUAUUUCCCAUCAAGGACAAAUUGAUUGGGUCUGUCAUCAAUGCAAUGGGGAUGGAGUCGAUACUCAGGCUUAAAAAUUCGCGCAGAGGGACACAGUUGAAACUGGUGCUAGAACUUGCCGGUUCGCAAUUUGUACUCUUUAAACCAAGCUGGUAUACUCGUGAAGAUAUUAUAAACGGUACCGUCUAUUCAGGCAAAGACAGACAUAACUCCGAAAUUGUUAGUUUCCAUCUGGGUGCUAUUUUAAACCUACGAUAUACACCGAUUGUUGCUGGACGGAAAAUUUCACUUCGCAAUAAUCUACAAUACGCGGACAAUGAUCUUCGCCAAACGAUGACAGUUAUCAACAAUCAACAGUGUGCCUAUGGUGUUUGCCAUUAUUGUAAAAGCGAGGAAACGGUGUGCGAUGAUCCAACAACUGGUACACUUGAAGGAGCAGUUUUGCUUACUAUUCCGGGGAAAAUAUUGAAGUAUAGAUCUCCAUGGCAACGCACAUACAAGGAUCAGCUGAAGGCCGAAUGGGAAAAGGACGAUAAUUAUUGUGCACCCAUAAGAAAACAACUGCACUUGGAUGUGCUUUUAGAUCUCAUCGAUGCGGCUAUAUUUGAUUUUCUUAUCCAAAAUGGCGACAGGCACCAUUAUGAAACGCGAGAAAAUCGGGUAUUGUUACUCGACAACGGUAAAGGUUUUGGAAAUCCAUUCGUAGACCAUAUAGACAUUCUUGCACCGUUAUAUCAAUGUUGUAUCAUUCGUCGCACGACAUGGGAAAGAUUAUUAAUAUUCUCUGGAGGAGCACUUACCGAAACGCUUGAAGAAUUAAACAAAUUGGAUCUAUUAUUUCCACUAGUCAUCAAGGAACACUACAUCGCUCUUGAGAGACGGUUACUUCAUAUUUAUAGUACUGUCGAGUUAUGUAAAGAAAAGUUUGGUAAUAAAAUAUUUAAAUAA